UUAAAACAAGACCUCUUUGCCAGAAGCACAUUUCACAUACAAGCAAGUAAGGUUACAAAAUUAAUGGAAAACUUAGAAACAGCACAAGUCUUAAGCUCUUCUGUUAAACGCAGAGGCAACUGGAUCACCUUUCCUUUUAUUGUAGGGACAGUGACAUGCCUGACGUUAGCUGUUGCAGGAUGGUUAUCGAACUUGAUUGUGUAUUUGAUUGGGGAAUUUAAUGUGAAAAGCAUUGAUGCAGCUCAGGUUUCCAAUGUUGUUUAUGGCGGUUCCAGUUUAUUUCCUAUAGUUGGAGCUAUAGUUGCUGACUCUUUCUUGGGUUCUUUCUCUGUUAUCACCAUAUCUUCUUGUGUUUCUUUUCUGGGCAUUGUGCUAUUAGCGUUAACUGCAACACUUGACUCAUUAAGGCCUAAACCUUGUGGGGUAGAAGAACCAAGUCUGUGCCAAACUCCAUCAAAACUCCAAUACACAGUACUAUAUGGAGCUUUCGCUCUAGGAUCUUUAGGGUUAGGGGGUACAAGAUUUACAAUAGCAACAAUGGGAGCAAAUCAAUUCGAUAAACAAGAAGAUAAGAGCAGUUUUUUCAAUUGGUACUUUUUCACCUUAUACGUUGCUUCUGUAGUAGGUGCCACUGCCAUUGUCUAUAUAGAAGAUAAUGUAAGUUGGUCUUUGGGGUUAUGGCUAUGUGUUGCUGCUAACUUCAUUGGUAUAGUCAUUUUCCUUCUGGGAAAUCAAGUUUACAGGGAUAAUAAGCCACGUGGGAGCCCAUUCACUGGCUUAGCACGUGUAGUUGUUGCUGCUAUACGAAAGAGGAAGGCCUUAUUGUCUUCUACGAGUGGUGACUAUUACUUUGAGGAUGAUUUAAAAGGAAAAGAUGUCUCUGCUUCAAUUACUAAUAGUUUCAGGUUUUUGAAUCGAGCAGCACUAAAAGCUGAAGGAGAUACAAAAACUGAUGGGUCAAUUGCAAAACCCUGGAAACUAUGUUCUGUACAACAAGUUGAAGAUUUCAAGGCUCUAAUAAGGAUUUUCCCCAUAUGGUCAACAUCAAUAUUUUUAAGCACUCCAAUAGCAAUGCAAACCAGCUUAAAUGUGCUUCAAGCUCUGACAAUGGAUCGUAGACUCGGACACCAUUUUAAAAUCCCAGCUGGCUCUAUUUCAAUCGUCAUAACACUGAUUAGUACUUCCAUUUUUCUCACCAUAAAUGAUCGGGUUCUCUUUCGAAUAUGGCAAAAGCUAAUGCGAAAAUCGCCCACUCUAUUCCAAAGAAUCGGAAUAGGCCAUAUGCUUAAUGUGCUAAGCAUGGGAGUAUCAGCUUUAGUGGAGUCAAAGAGACUUAGACUAGCUCAUGCUCAACAAUCAGCUAGUGGCAAAGAAAACUCUACUAUAGUGCCUAUGCUCGUCCUAUGGUUAUUUCCACAACUAAUUCUAGCUGGUAUUGGAGAAUCAUUUCAUUUUCCAGCACAAGUUGAGCUUUAUUACCAGGAGUUUCCUGAUUCACUGCGCAGUACAGCAACUGCUAUGAUGUCUUUAAUUAUCGGGAUUUCUUUUUAUUUAGGCACAAUUCUGAUUGAUCUUAUUAGAAGGGUCACAAACUGGUUACCGAAUAAUCUUGAUCAUGGAAGGCUAGAUAAUGUGUAUUGGGUUCUAGUGGCAGUAGGAAUGCUAAAUUUCUGUUAUUAUCUAUGUUGUGUUAAGUUCUAUAAAUAUCAGAGUGUCCAAAAGACGAUUGAUGAGACUUCUUUAGAUUCUGUAAGUGAAAGUUGAAUGUACUCUGUUUCUCUUUUACAAAUAUUAAAAGUUAAAAAUUAUGAUAUUGAGAUAAGAAUUA